AUGUCUCCCAAGAGAAAGAAGGCCCUGGCCCAGAUUUGGUGGUCACUUUACUCCAUCGAAUGUGUUCUUACCUGCAUAACUGGGCGCCCACGCACUGUAAGCGCCAUUGACUGUACUGUACCGCCACCAGGCGCAAAGGGUACAGAACUGGAUUCAUCGUCUCGUGAAACCACCACAUCAGCUGCAAUCAGACAGGCAUCUGAGUCUUCUACUGGCGAGUCCAUGAUCAAAACCAGCGUAGAUCCGUUUGACGUAGCCUACGUUAGGAUCGAUAUCCUCAUGGACAAGAUCUUGUCUGGCUUGUAUUCCGCACAAAAGUCUGCCAAGUCCUGGAAGGCUGCCCAAAAGGAGAUUGCUUCGCUGUCUGACGAUUUAGAAGCCUGGGCCUUGCACUCCCUGGUUCGGGGUCCAGCAACAGCGACCGCUGCCACUUCAGAGAGCAACCUGAGCCGAGAGCAGGUGCUGCUCUACAUCUAUUACCACAACGCCAAAAUUUGCAUCACCCGGCCCUGUCUAUGCCGACUAGACAUGCGCAUAAAGGGCCAGAGCGAACAGUCGACUCGAUUCAACCAGAAGUCUGCUGAGGCCUGCAUAGUCAUGCAAGCCCUUACGGUCUUACUUCUUGAGUUGUCAUUGGACGGCAUACACUUAACGGUCGAAAAGUCACACAUUACAGCCUGCAUCGAUAAGCUCAUACGAUGGUUGAACUCGAUGAAACCCGUCGACGCAGUCAGCGAGAACGCAUACAAUGUUAUCGCCAGAGUCAUGAAUAAGCAGACCAAAGAAGAGGCGGCCCGUCGUCGACUACCUCAGCCACAAAUAACGGAUCAGCACCAAAAGCAACAACAAAUAGAGCAUAUGGCCUUUGACUCACAGCAGCGAUAUCAGCCGUACAGUCAACCUCUUACGUUGCAGCAGUCAGAUGUUGCAUGGCCAAGCGCUGACCCAUUCAAAAGCAACAUCUACUCGCAGUCCAACACAGGCAACUUCGAUCUCUACGACGCUCCUGGCGGCGACAUUUUGAACGAUCCCACCACUGGGCUAACAGAAUACGGUCAGCCUCUGAAUCUGUUCUAUGGAAAUCCCUACGAAUCAACUUUCGAUCACUGGGAAUGGGAUCCAGCGGCUUUUCAGGAUCCAGAUCAGCAAGGGUAUCCAGGAUAUGAAGGGUAUGAUCCAGGUGGUGGCUAG